AUGAUAUCUGGGCGAGGUGGUGCGGGAGCGCGGGCUGGCCGCAUCCGCCCGCCUCGUCGCAUUGUUCGUCCGAAUGCCGCAGGGGAAGAUGGAGAUUUUGAAAACUGUUGGAACAUGCUCAAGGAAGCUCUGCGAGAUAUUCAUAACAAAAGUUGCGGCCGACUCUCAUUCGAGGAGCUUUAUCGGGCCGCUUACAAGAUUGUCUUGAAAAAAAAGGGCGGGGUUCUUUAUGAGAGAGUCAAGCAGUUCGAGGAACAAUGGUUCGCCGAACAUGUCAUCCCCAAGAUUGAGGUAUUGGUGACCAAAAGCUUGAUCAAUGUCGGCAUCGAUAGGAACUUGGCUAGCUCGGUGAAUGAACGUCGCCAGACGGGCGAAAAGUUCCUCAAGGGACUGCGGGAUACCUGGGAGGAUCACAACAUGUCGAUGAACAUGACGGCGGAUAUUCUCAUGUACCUGGACAGAGGGUACACACAACAAGAGCCAAAUCGAGUACCGAUAUUCGCAACUACUAUAGCUCUUUUCCGAGACCACAUCCUGCGAUCCUGUCUCAACACCAAUUCGACUAAUUGUGUCAUUGAUAUUCUUAUUUCUGUUAUUCUGGAUCAGAUCGACAUGGAAAGGGAAGGCGACGUCAUUGACAGGACUCUAAUACGUAGCUGCAGUCGGAUGCUCAGUUGUCUCUACGAGGGCGAGGAUGAGAAUGAAAGUAGCAAGCUCUAUCUCACGGUGUUUGAGCCUCGAUUCUUGAGCAACAGCGAAUCAUUCUAUGCUGCCGAGUGCCAGCGCCUUCUUCGAGAAUCCGACUCUAGUACGUGGCUGCGGCAUACCCAGCGGCGUUUGCACGAGGAGGUAGACAGGUGUGGCACGACAAUCGAGCUGGAGACAUUGCCCAAAGUUUCGGCAGUAAUCGAGGAACAACUCAUUGCCAAGCAUUUGUCAGAAUUCAUCGCCCUCGAAGGCAGUGGGUUGAAGUGGAUGAUUGAUAAUGACAAGAUCAGCGACCUAUCGAUAUUAUACAGAUUAAUUUCCAGGGUAGAUGACAAGAAGGUGGCUGUUCGAGACAUCUUACAAAAGCGUGUUGUCGAGCUAGGCCUCGAGAUCGAAACCGCCCUGCGAAAUACCGACUUUUCAACGGCCCAGGCUGAUGGAGACGAGCCCGCAGAGGGGGACAAGACCAAAGCGCUCAACCCUGCUGCACAACAAACUGCCGCUGCCGUCAAAUGGGUUGACGAUGUGCUACGCCUCAAGGAUAAGUUUGAUAACUUGUUGGUGCAAUGUUUCCAGGACGAUCUUAUUAUCCAGACUUGCCUCACUAAAAGUUUCUCUGACUUUAUCAACAUGUUCGCCCGGAGUUCCGAGUAUGUGUCACUCUUUAUCGACGACAAUCUGAAACGAGGUAUCAGAGGCAAGACUGAGGCUGAAGUGGACGUUGUCCUGGACAAGGCCAUCGUCCUGAUUCGAUACCUUCUCGAUAGGGACAUGUUUCAGACGUACUAUCAGAGACACCUGGCUCGCAGACUACUUCAUGGCAAGUCUGAAAGUCACGAUGUGGAGAAGCAAAUCAUAUCUCGCAUGAAGCAGGAAUUGGGGCAGCAGUUUACCAGCAAAUUUGAAGGCAUGUUCCGGGAUCUUGUGACGUCCUCGGAGCUCACAACAACAUAUCGGGACCACAUCCGCAACGUCAGCGAUGGCGAAAAGGUCAUCGACUUGAAUGUCAGCGUGCUCACCACCAACUACUGGCCACAGGAAGUCAUGGGUCGGCAGGCUUCCAUCGGCGACGGCUCCCGCAUCACUUGCAACUACCCGCACGAAGUUCAGAGGAUGCAGGCCAGCUUCGAGCAGUUCUACCUCAGCAGCAGGAACGGGAGGAAACUCACAUGGAUCGGCACAACUGGCAGUGCUGAUAUCAAAUGCAUAUUUCCCGCAAUCCCUGGAAAGUCUGGCGCGUUGGCCAGGGAGAGGCGGUAUGAAAUCAAUGUACCCACGUUUGCCAUGGUUGUGUUGAUGCUGUUCAACGACCUCCAAGAUGGUGAGAGCCUCUCCUUUGAAGAGAUCCAGGCCAAGACCAGCAUCUCCACGUCAGACCUUAUGAGGACAUUGACAGCCAUUGCAGUGGCGCCAAAGUCUCGAGUGUUGGCCAAGGAUCCCCUCACCAAAUCCGUCAAACCCGGCGACAAAUUUGCCUUCAACUCCAGUUUCCAAAGUAAGACGGUACGCAUCAAGGCACCAAUAAUCAACGCAGUGUCCAAGGUCGAGGACUCGCAGGAGAGAAAGACUACAGAAGAGAAGAAUAACCAGACGAGGGCCCAUAUUGUGGAUGCUGCAAUCGUGAGAAUCAUGAAAUCUCGAAAAGAACUCAGCCACUCGCAGCUAGUUAGUGAGGUUCUCUCACAACUUGUCGGCCGAUUCAAGCCCGAGGUGUCUCUCAUCAAGAAGCGGAUCGAGGAUUUGAUUGGGCGGGAAUACCUGGAGCGACCGGACGAAGAAGGGGCGCCGUCAAUGUACCGCUACGUGGCAUGA